AUGGUUGUUACUGAGGUGUCACCAACAGUGGGAGUUAAGCACAAGGUGGAGUUGUCUUCAGAAGAUUUCACUACUAAUGAUGAUGAGGGUUUUGUGGACUCUUCUCAAGGUGGAGUUACUUCACAAGCUAUGACUGAAAGUGGGACUUCAUCUCAAGGUGGAGUGAGCCCACAGUUGAUUGAUUCAGAUGGUGAUGAGCUAGAAGUUGAGUCACCUGAUCUAAAAUCAUUGAAAUCAGUUGUUGAAGGACCAUCACAAUCAGAACAAGAUAGGCAAAAGAGGGUUAUAAAAAAACCUGUGAGAUAUAUUGAGACAUGCUUUGGUUUUGCUCUGACUCUUGAGGACCUAUCAAUAGAUGAUAUAUUCACUAAAGAGGGAGCUGUAGCAUUUGCCCUGGCUGCUGCAGGAAAGCCUUCGGGCUUGGUUGCUGGUGGUGUAAAGCACAAAAGAAUCCACAGGAGAUCAUAA